AUGUCGGUUCUCUUGCAGAGGAACAAGAGCAUACACGUGCAAUCCAUAUAUAUCAGCAGUUGGUUCCCAAUUGAAGCUCAGGUAUCGAGUCCAGUUGUAAUUCCACAUCCUAUAGGGCAGAUCCCCGCGAAAGUUGAAGUGCAAGUGAAGGUUCAAGAGGGCGGAAAUGAUGUCAUUUUCCCCGCAUCAGGAUCGGCACAAAGAGAUGAUGAUAGUGACAAUGUGUAUGGUGGAGUGGUCUAUUUGUAUAACGAGCUUCAUGUUAAAGUGUUUGUCCCUUAUCGAGACGAGAACUCAUAUAAAGGGGUCAUGAUUUAUACAGGUGGUACUGCUUUUGCUGGUCCUUUUCAAGCCAACUAUGUGCGAGGUUUCGUUAGGAUUAAAGUUUGGGGGUUAUGUGAUUUACCACCGGCGAAUUUUACCAUAUCCGGAAGUCAUAGCAUUUCAAGAGCGGACAAUCACAAGUCUAUUACACAUGGACUCGGUAGAUAUCCAGAUUUUGUAGUUGUCCAGCUAAAAUUAUCCAAUGGCUAUAUUUCUGAGGCAGGAGGUGUUACAUUCAACUCAAUCUCUGAGACCUACCAGUCUAUUUGCGGAACCGUGUUCGCCUACAACGACCAGGAAAUCCGUCUGUGGACACUGUCCGCACCAACAGGUAUUGCCAGUCGUUUGUCUAAAUCCUCAAAUUCUGGACAUUUGUGA